CUCGCCAUGGCGGCGCCCUGCGCGGAGAUGGAGCCGGCGGCGCCUCCGGCCUCUGCCCCCGCCGCUCCCGCGGCCGCGCCGGGCUCGGCCGAGCUCGUGUGCGCGCAGGGCCGCAACCUGCGGGCCGUGCUGUGCCAGCGCUGCGGCUCCCGGGUGCUGCUGCCCGGCGCCGCCACCUUCGCCCGCCGAGAGCUCCUCCUGCCCGCCAUGAGGAAGAAGGCGGCGGCGGCGGCGACGGGAGGCGGCGGGGACGUGCUGCGGGAGCACUGGCUGGUGCGCGACAUGUUCUCCUUCGAGAACGUGGGCUUCACCCGCGACGUGGGCAACGUCAAGUUCCUGGUGUGCGCCGACUGCGAGGCGGGGCCCAUCGGCUGGCACUGCCUGGACGACAAGGACAGCUUCUACGUGGCGCUGGAGCGCGUGGCCCACGAGUGACGCCGGCCCGCGUGGGAGCCGGGCCCGACCCUCGGGAGCCCCCGCAGCCCCGCGGGGCCGGGCAGCCCUGGACUGACCGCGGCCUGGCUGGCCGCAGCUUGCCUCUGCUCCCCGUGUGACCGACCCACGGCUCCACUGCCACCCCUUUCCCAGAUCCACAGCUGAGCAGCGCCAGGAAUCGCAGCCCUGGCACGGCCGGCUCCUCACUGCACCCACACGGGAAGAGUGUUGGUGGUGGGAGGGUCCCUGUGCCCUGCAGGGACAGCUCACCCUGGCACCUUUGCCACAUAGCCCAACCUGCCCCAGUCUGGCUGCUCUGCCGCUUCCCUGGUGGCUGCUGUUGCUCCGGGGGCUGAGGUGUCUCUCGUGACACCGUGUGAAUGGGGCACUGGGACAGGGCCUGCACUGACAGCACUGCUGCACUGAGUCAGUGUGGCAGCUGAAACUGCCUGACCUGCAGCCACAGCAGUUCCAGGGCUUAAGGCUGAGUCUUCUGUUGAUUUUCAGAGGGAAUGUUUGCUGCCCCAAGCUCUAACAUUUAUGUUCUCCAAAACCUCAUCCCACCUGACAGCUGUGGUACCUGAAGUGAGUGUGAGGCAUUCCAGCUAAAGUGUGCAGUCCUAUUAACUGAGUACUUGGGAACAAACACAGGUAGAAUGUGCAGACAGCAUAAGCUGAUAGAGCAGCAAACAAAGAAAAUGUGCCAGACCAUGGAGCUUUCAGGCAGCAAGAGGGAAGAGAUUCCAGCCUGAAAAGCCCCUGAAUCAUUGGACAGGCAGUGCUGAGCAUGUCAGAACAUAUGAGUGUGUUAAACAGUGAUGUCAGGAAGGAAUUUCUCUUCUGUAAAAGCUGGUGGUCAGAGUGAUCUGGGAUAUUGUGACCAGUUUUGGUUUCUGCCUUUUAAAAGCUGGGCACAGAGCUGAUUAAAGAUGGAAGGUGGCUGCAGCAGCCAUGGUUCUCCCUGCAUUUAUCACUGCUGGUAAUCAUGGCCCAGCUCAUUCUCCAUUGCUGAGCCCUGUGUGAGUUGUCCAGGGGUGCUUUGGGCUUGCUGGUGCUGUGCCUCUCUGUGGGACACAUCCCUGUCCAUACCCCCUAAAGCCCUUGGGUCCUAACCCAGCUGGGCAGGCGUGGCUGUCACCGUGCUGGGUGAUGGAUUUGUUUGUGCCACCAAGCUCAAGGUUUAGGGUAGGGUGCUGCCCCAAGGCUGUAGGAAGAACCUUUCCCUUGCCCCUCUAAUGAAACAAUUUUGCUGGCAGGGCUCUGUAGGGCAGGCAGAGCCUCAGAUGAGUCUCCCAGAGGAGGCAUCCUGACAGCAGGAGGGGCAGAAACAAAUCCCUUCUUCCUGCAGUGCUUGAGCACCUGCACUUCUAUGAUUUGGAGACACUGCCUCAAUUUAUGGCCUGGUGUCAGGAACCUCUGCUGUGGGCAGUCAGGAUUUAUCAGGGCAGGGAGAGAGGCACAGCAACUGAGAGAGAGCACUGUGGUCUGAGGGCUGAGGAGCAGGAGGCAAAUCCUGUCCUGUGUCCUUGCUAAAUGUAUCAGAUGGACAUUUGUCAUGGAAACUGCUUCUUCCCUCCUGCCCUUCCUGUCUCUUAGCCCUAAGCCCCAGGACUGCACAGGUUCACCAAGGAGAUGUGCCCCAAAGGACAGGAGAGCUUCACUCGGGUUCUGCACCCAUGGCAAAAUGUGGGAUCACAUCACUAAUUUCACACUUUCAUUUGGAUUGUUGUCUCUUAGGAUAUGUGUUCUGACCUGAAAUACCCCAGUUACAGUCCGUGUUACUUAAAUCUGCUGCACUGCUCACCCCUCAUUUUGAAGGAGCCACUGUGCAGAACAGACUGGAAAUCAGCUUGAGUACCACUGAGUAAAUGACCUCCAAGAAAUGGCACCUGUGGAUUCCUGAGCAGUGGGUGGCACUGGGAGGAGCUGGGGGUGGUGGCAGCUUCCCCAGAUGGUAGAACAGCCCUGGAGAGAUAGAUGGGAGAGCUCAGGUCAAAGCCUUCACAUUGGAAUGGCAGCAGCUGAAAUCCACCUCAGCACAGCCCUGAGUGCUGGGAGCUCCUGCUCCCCUUCAGGGAGAGGGGAGCUGAGUCCUGCAUGGAUCCAGGCGUGCUUUCUGCUGGCUCUUAAAUACUAAAUAGGAUCACACAGGCUUGAAAUGAUAAGAAGAAAUGAACAGUGUGAUGGCAAUUCUUGGGAAGAAGCUUUUGUACCAUGAGAUCUUGGGUGUCAUUCAGCCUCAGCAGGGUCUGGGUUCCUGCAGCCCAUGAGAAACCCCUGCAGUGCUGGUGGCACAGAGAUCUGGGGCAGGUUUUGGGACAGCUGUGCAGCCCAGCUCUCAGCCAGCACCUGGGCUAAUUCAUGUUCCCUGAGGUGACUGAGAAUUUCAGGGGGUGGGCAGGAGGUGGGGGAAAGCAGCAUCACUGUGUGGGAUUUGAGCUCAGGCAGCUCCUCUGUGCCUUCAUUUAGUGGAGCUGUGGGGAGGAGUGUCCCAGGCAGCAGACACGCCUGGGGGAAGAGCUGCUGCUGCUGCACCGGACACAUCACCAGGUCUGGGCUCUGCUGAAGCUGCACCGUUCCUGUGUCAAUGAGAGCUAAUAAAAAUUCACAUAGACUCACA